AUGGCGAACAUAAAGGUCUUCUACCAUUACCUCAUAAGCUUUUAUAAUAUAACCUUGCUCCCUUAUAUGGCGGUUUUAGCCUAUAAAGCAUCAACCCUAAACCAAGAAGAUAUCCAAAACCUCUGGUUCCAUUUUAAUCUUAACCUUGUAACCCUAUCCAUUCUCUUUGUGAUUCUCGUUUUCGGAUUUGCACUCUACUUCGUUGGCCGACCUAAACCCGUUUACCUCGUUGACUACUCAUGCCAUCUACCUCCUCCACAUCAAAAGGCAACAGCCCAUAUGAUCGUAAAUAGUAUCAGCAAGACUCUUGAGGCGGAUCGUUCACUCGCUGAUGACUCGUCAUUGGACUUCUUUGUUAAGGUUCUAGAACGUUCCGGUCUUGGAGACGAGACAUGCAUUCCCCAGGCCCUUCUGAAUGUUCCGCCUAGUCAGACCAUGACAGUUGCACGUGAGGAGACAGAACAAGUUAUCUUCGACGCCAUCGACAAUCUCUUAGCCAACACCAAAGUCAACCCACGUGAUAUCGGUAUAGUCAUCGUGAACUCGGGUGUGUUUAACCCGACUCCUUCGCUCUCAUCAAUGGUUGUAAACAAGUACAAACUUAGGAGCAAUAUCAAAAGCUUCAAUCUUGGGGGUAUGGGUUGCAGCGCAAGCAUCAUCGCCAUUGAUCUUGCUAAGGACUUGUUGCAAGUUCAUAAGAACACUUAUGCUCUUGUGGUGAGCACAGAAAAUCUCAGCCGCAACUUGUACAUUGGUGAUAACAGAUCCAUGCUUGUCAGCAACUGCUUGUUCCGUGUUGGAGGAGCCGCAAUCUUGCUCUCUAACAAGUCAGGUGACCGAAGGCGUUCCAAGUACAACCUGGUUCACACGGUUCGGACACACACCGGAGCAGAUGACAAGUCUUUUAAAUGUGUGGUGCAAGAAGAUGAUGAGAGGGGUAAAACUGGAGUCUCAUUGUCAAAAGAUAUAACGUCUGUUGCUGCGAGAACCAUAAAAAAAAACAUCGCCACUUUGGGUCCGUUGGUUCUUCCCGUGAGCCAAAAGCUUCUCUUUCUCAUGACUUACAUGCGCAAGAAAUUCUUGGACGACAAGAUUAAGCAUUAUGUCCCGGAUUUCAAGCGUGCCAUUGAUCAUUUCUGUAUCCACCCGGGUGGAAGAGCUCUAAUAGAUGAGUUGGAGAAAGACUUGGGCCUAUCGCCGAUAGACGUUGAGCCAUCAAGAUCAACGUUGCAUAGGUUUGGUAAUACUUCUUCGAGCUCUAUUUGGUACGAGUUGGCAUAUACGGAGGCCAAAGGUAGGAUGAUGAAAGGGAACAAAGCUUGGCAGAUUGCCUUAGGGUCAGGAUUUAAGUGUAACAGUGCUGUUUGGGUGGCUCUAUGCAAUGUUGAGCCUUCUGUUAAUAGUCCUUGGGAACAUUGCAUUUCUAAAUACCCUGUUAAGCUUGAUCUUUGA